AUGAGCGAUAAUAAAAUUACAGCUUCAAGCACUUCGCCCUUUGAUAAUAAAGUCCACAUAUGAGCAAAUGUUGGAUUCAAGGAAGACACUGAAAAACUAACUAAAUCCAUCAAAAGCAUGCCUUUAAAGAUUGGGUUUCCUUUAAAAGCUAAAUCAUAUGGCCUCAAAUAUCAUUUGAGAAGCGAAGCAGAGUCUAAGUCCACACUCAGAGAAGGAAAAUUAUAUCCACUACCGCGAAAAAGCCUUCCUCAAACCUCUAUAUUACUACGAAGUAAAAAAUUGUCCAAAAAGAAGGCCUCUGUAGAUAUAAAUGAUGAGUGAAUAAAUUCUCAAAGUAUCCUUUUUUCAGAAAGACGAAAAACAUUGAGAUCUCAAUUAGAGCCUUCAAAAGAAGAAGCUGGAAAUUAUGUAUACUAUCUCCCAAACGAUAUUAAAAUCCAAGUUAGCUUUCAGCUAGCUCGCCUCACUCUAUAGUAAGCAAAAUAUUUUUGUUUACUCACUGAGAUUAAAUAUUUCUAAUUUUAAAUUGCAAAUUUUCAAAUUUCAAACUGCAAUUAAUUCACAAAAUUUAUGUUUUAGAACGCAGGCUUCUUACAAUUUAUAAUCAGCUUGAUAUUCAUUUUGAUAAUCAUUAAUUAUAUAUAUCAAAGCAUUUUAAAAAAAUUUACUUAAUAAUGGCGGCGGGAGUAAGAAAACUAUUAGCAUUUAUUGAAAUGAAUAACCCUGAUUGCAAAAUUAUACGAGAUUAUUAUCGAAACUCAGUUGAUGAGGUCUAUGAUGAUGCAUUCCGUUAUCUUUACUGCUCAUACAAAGACUCACCAGUGACAAAAAUUGAAGAAAUUCCAGAAGACAGCGAUAUUUUUAUUAUAAGCCCGAAGGAAAAAUUGAAUUUUAAUCCAACAUUAACUGGCUAUGAUCCUGAAGCACAAAUAAUAAUAAAUGCAUCACUCCUGAAUCCCAAACUUGAAGGAACAAUAAAUAUACUGCCAACAAAUGAUAAAAAAGUUCAUGAAAAGCAAGAAUCACCAAUAAAAGAAAGAGAUGAAAGAAAAAGCACUGAUGGCAGUAUUAUACCUAAUAAAAUAUGCUGCAAUCUUAUUGAAAUACUGCCUGUUUCCAAACGCAGCAGAAGUACUCAAAUAUUCAGAUGAAAAUCCGAUAUGCCUUCUACAAUGCCCUUAUUCAAUAAUCUUGAAGAAGCCAAAGCAAUCAAUUGAAAAGCUUUUUUUCAAGGGAUGAAGCUGAGUAUGCCCAAAACUUCCAGAAAAUCAAUUCCCAAUAAUGAAACUAACUUUGAAAUCAAGCCAGAAAAACCUGCAAAUUAUACAGAACGACCUUUAAAUGGCUAUAAAAUCAAAGAAGGCACAGGAGGAUUUCGGAAAUCAUUUUUACCCUCACUGAAAUUUGAAAUCAAUAAACUAAGGACCCAGAAUCUUCAAAUCCCAGCUCAGCCGGAGUUCAAGGAAUCCCCUUCUAAGCUCCCUAACAUGAAAGAUGUAGUAAAAGAGGUCCAAUCAGUUGAUGCAGCUUUCAAAAAUUACUUAACUCGAAGCGAAAUGAUCACUAUAGCAACUGAAUAUUGCUCGCUUCAGCUAAAAUGUGGCGAUAGCCAUGGUCUGGAUCCAUAUCUUGUGUGCUUAAAAUAUUCUGUUCCAUUUGGAGUCCUAAAAGGAAUCAAUGAAACUCUUUUAAGUGGCAAUAAAAUGACUUGGAAAGAAUUUUCUUUAUUUUAUAUUUUAUUGGUUCUUGAAAGAGCUGAGCUAUACAACAUUGUUGUAUUUUUAUUUAAAUAUCUUGAUAUAACAAAAAAAGAAGAUAUUAAAUUUGAUACUAUGGCUGAUGCAUUAGAAAGUCUUUUUGAAAAUAAAUCAUGUCCUGACUAUGCCAAAAAGCAGUGGAAUUUAAUUUGCAGCGCUGUAAUUGCACAUAAAAGUGCUAUAGUUCAAAGGCCAGGACAUAGCGACAUUGACUUGGAUGAUAUCGUAAAUAUUAUUGCAGAAACAAAAAUUUCUGUGAUAGAUCUUCGCCUUUUCUUAUCAAUAAUUACGAAAGGGCUUUUAAAGUAA